GUUUUGAAUGCAAUUGAUCGGACUUUGGGUGGUCAAUUGCCGCGCAACCCCACCCAUACCCCACCCCCAUUAAUAUAACCACCCCCUCAACCCACCACCAACUACAAUGGCUCCCCACGCUGUCGCUCUCGCCUGGAGAGCUGCUGGCCGCAGGGCUGCACUCCCCUCUCUCCGUGCCACUCGUCCCUCUGUCCUCCACCGGGAAUCCCUCUUCCGCAAUGUGCGCUAUGCCUCGGACGCCGCUGCUCCCCCGACGAAAGAAGCCGCGAAGGAAACCGUCGCCCAGGCCACGGAGACCGUGAAAGAGGCGCCCAAGAAGGGUGGCCGCAAGAUCAAGCGGACCGUGCUCGGCACCACCCUGGCCCUGACUGCUGUAGUCGGCUUCAUCUACGGAACCGACACCCGGGCCAGCGUGCACCGAUACGGAGUCGUUCCCCUGGUCCGCCUACUCUACCCGGACGCCGAAGACGCGCAUCACUUCGGCGUGGACAUCCUGAAGAAGACGUACCAGUACGGCCUGAACCCUCGGGAGCGCGGAAACCCCGAUGGCGAUGGCUCUCUCGUAACUGAGGUCUUCGGCUACACCCUCUCCAACCCGAUCGGCAUCUCCGGCGGACUCGACAAGCACGCCGACAUCCCCGACCCGCUCUUCGAGAUCGGCCCGGCCAUCGUCGAAGUCGGAGGCACAACCCCCCUCCCCCAGGACGGAAACCCCCGUCCGCGCGUCUUCCGCCUCCCCUCCCAGAAAGCCAUGAUCAACCGCUACGGCCUGAACUCCAAGGGCGCCGACCACAUGGCGGCGGUCCUUGAGCAGCGCGUCCGCGACUACGCCUACGCGCACGGGUUCGGCGAGCACGAGGUCGGCGAACAGCGGGUCCUGAACGGCGAAGCCAACGUCCCCCCCGGCAGUCUCCGCGAAGGCAAGCUGCUCGCGGUCCAAGUCGCCAAGAACAAGGUCACGCCGGACUCCGACAUCGAAGCCAUCAAGCGAGACUACGUGUACUGCGUCGACCGACUGGCCAAAUACGCCGACAUUCUCGUCGUGAACGUCUCGAGCCCCAACACACCCGGCCUCCGUGACCUGCAAGCCACCGCGCCCUUAACCGCCAUCCUCAAGGCGGUAGUCGGUGCCGCCAAGAGCAUCGACCGCACCACCAAGCCCUUCGUCAUGGUGAAGGUCAGCCCAGACGAGAACUCCGACGAACAAGUCUCGGGCAUCUGCGACGCCGUGUGGGGAUCCGGCGUCGACGGUGUGAUCGUCGGAAACACGACCAACCGCCGUCCCGACCCGCUGCCCCAGGGCUUCGAGCUCCCGUCCAAGGAGCAGAGCGCCCUGAAAGAGACGGGCGGAUACUCGGGCCCGCAGCUCUUCGACGGCACCGUCGCCCUGGUCGCGCGGUACCGCGCGCUGCUAGACGCGAGUGCCCCCAACGCUGUGGAGGCUGUGGCCGCGCAGGUCGAACCCGACGUCGAAAACGCCCCCGUCACUCCGUCGGACGUGGCGCCCCGGAAGGUCAUUUUCGCCUCCGGCGGAAUCACCAACGGCCAGCAGGCGAAGCAGGUCCUGGACGCCGGCGCGUCCGUCGCCAUGAUGUACACGGCUAUUACCUACGGGGGCAUGGGCACGGUGACUCGCGUGAAGCAGGAGCUGCGCGAGAGGCAGUAGACAGAUAUAUCUUUCUUUUUUUUUUUUUUUCUU